CCGAGUCCCGAGCGAACCACAGCGAGACCAAAUCCCUAACCCUAACCCUAGCUAGGAGGAGGAUGGAGGCGGAGGGGGAGCGCUUGCGGUCGAUGAUGGCGGCGGAGACGGAGACGGCGGAGGAGUGGAAGCUGGCGCGUGAGUCCGAGUGCCGUUUACGCAAUUGCGAGUGCCGCUAGCGUCGUCUCUGCUCCCCCCGGAUCCCCCGCGUGGCCCCCGGGAGGGACUACUCUUCCACCGCCGCCGGUGACGGCGCCGACCGGCCCGCCUGGUCGCUGCUCGUCGGCCUCAAGGACGGCGCCGUCCUACGGCUCAAACGCCUCCGCGUGGCGCGGUCCGGGCGGAUCCUCGGCCGGAGCGACAACGCGCUCGAGGCUUUCCACGACAUCAAGACGCCGAGUGGCCGCAGGUUCGACGCCAGCGCCGCCCUGGCUCCCGACGGCCGCUCGCUCUGCAUCCUGCGCCAGGAGGACGACGGUGCCGGCGAGCAACCCCAUGCCCUGCACCUAACUCUGCAGCAGCCCCAGACAGACACAUCUCCGGAGCAUCUUCCUUUGCCGCCGGAGAUUCAAGCAGGGAGGAGCCGUAACUGCAUGCCCAUCUCCGCCGCUGGCCACAUCUUUGUUCUGUGCCCCAUCGUCGAGUAUGCCGUCAAGUUGAGCCUCCUCAUGCGACCCCUGCAUCCGCUCCCCGAGGGCGGGGGCCAAUGGGAGCAGGUCGGCCAAGACAAACACGACAAGGACAAGUACCGGUGGUUGGGCGGCGGGUUCCUCCAGGGCUACGCCGUGCUCCCCGGCCCCCUCAUCCUCGUCUCCCUGAAGCAAGACCGCGGCUUCUUCACCUUCGCCCCUGGCUCCGGCUCCCGCGACUGGACCCCGGUGCUCACCGACGAAACAAGGCCGCCGCGAGACUACGUCCCUAUCGUCGGCCGCGGCGUCUACAUGGAGCAAGACAAUGCCAUCUACAUGCUCCGUGGCAACACCAUCUAUGCCUACAAGCUCAGCUACAUACACCAGGAUCAGGGUGAUGAUCAGGGGAGGGGGAGGCUCAGGCUGGAUCCGCCCAUCACCAUCGACUCUGUAUGUCCUUACAGUUACUGUCAUGGGUGUGGCUUCCUCACCCGUCUCGACGGUCGGCUCAUGUGCUCCGUCUGGAUCAGCCUGGCACCACGUCAACAAUUAGAAGAUUGCCGGUGUGACAACCUACAUGCCAUUGUCACCACCUUCAACCUCCAAGAUCCGGCUCAGGAAUCCAGGGGACCAGGAAUUCUGCUUUCUACAGGAGUACGAGGACAAGGACUGUCCGGUGCUGCUGCAACACCAAGAAGGGCAAGAGAAGGAUCUAACCAGCUGUUCCCAGCAACACGUCGACAAACCCUCCAAGAUGCUUGAUUGUUGCAGACGGUUUCUCGAAAUGAAAGACUGUCCACGCCUUUGCUUUUCCUGCGGCACCAAAGGUCACGUUCCCCGCGAUUGCUCUCUCCCGUCACAGCAGCCCUUGCCGGCAAUGCCUCACCGCACGCUGGUUGGCCGUGCUUCAAUGCAACACCGAGUCCCUUUUGAAAGGCGUCCGGUUGCUACAACAACAAGUAUCAACAAAGAUCUGUUUAUCAUCUGCCAAGCUGGCUCACAACUAGUCAUGUACCAUACAGGCGUCAUGGAUGAGACUUCACUGUUGCAAGGAGGAGGAGACGAUGGCAAGCCCCUCCAACCGUCGUUUUAUGUUGCAGAAUAUGUUGGUGAUGGUGACUAUUGGCACUUUUUCCUUCACAGUGGCUCAAAAAUACGCGCCGUUUCGAGGAAACAAGAUGGCAUGCUUGAGUUUAGUCUGAACAAGGACCGUACGAUGGCUACGGAUCGUCUAUCUGUACGGCAGCUGCCAAGUGCUGAUAUUUUUGUUUUGUUUAUCACAGUUGGUGGAGAGACCAUUGCCCUUACUGAUACUCUGAAAGUUUUCCAUCAGACAAGGUUCAGUUAUGGAUCCACCACGCGGCUGCGUUGCAAGACAGAUCAGUCGCAUGUUCUCCACAGGAAGGUUAUGAUAUCUGGAUAUGUAGCAGUGAAUGACGACUCCUUUAUAGUCUGUGAUGCUCUCACAGGUUCCUGUCUUUUGCUUGACCUGGGUGCCAAGCAAUGGCGUGUUGUCAUGCCUUGGGCCGCAUUCGCAGAGGACCUGCCAAGGACUAGCCCUACAAAGUGCCCUUUAAAUGGUAGAUGUGUGUCUGUCGAUGGCUUUAUCUACACAUGCAGAGAUGGAGGGCUUGCUGCUUAUCGGCUGCUUGAUAAAGAUCAUUCUGUGUAUCUCAGCCAGCCCAUCCUUUUGCCAUUCUCAUGGCUUGUGGAUGAUUAAUUGUGUGGGUGAGGACAUGUGCUUGGAUUAUGCUGGCAAAGAUGUGGACUCUGGUGCUAUUUUGUUUUACGUGGUGCAACUGCAAAGUGGAUAUCGUCCGCCCAAGCAUGAUGUACAGAUCACCAUUGUCCAGGUUAAGACUAAAGCAACAAACAGCAGCGAGAAAAGGGAACCAGUGCGAGUCGCCCCCGUGGACUGUGUCACGCGUUUCAUACAUCACGAGGAAGCCGUCGAUGCCAGAUGCUGCUUUGCGCUCUAGCUCCGUCUUGUUUGUGGCUCUGUUUGGAUACUCUAACUUAGUUAGAGGUUAGAGUUAGUUUCUAACUUGUGUCUAACCCUAAACUAACUCUAACUUUGGUGAUGUUUGGAUGAGAGGGUUAGAUUGAC